CUUAUACUAUACACUCGACGAAAGACUGCAUAACGUUACACGUAGAUAAACAAAACCAAAUCCCUUACAUUCCCUACCAACCACCAUGGAUACCAUCAACAAGGUCACCCACGCUGCCUCCAAGGCCAUCUGGGGCGAGGGCCAGUCCCACGAAGAACCCGUUUCGGGCAAGCUGGGCAAUGUAGCUGCCGGAGAGCCAUACGAUGCCGGUAACAUUGAACCCAACGAAGCAGCCCUAGAACCCCCCGGAAAGAAAGACACCGAAACACCCAACGAACCAACCACCGCAACCCGAACCACGGGCAGAACCGUCCCCGAACCCAUGUCCAAACCCGAGCCCGAAGCCGCCACCAAACCACGCUUCGUCGAGGCCGUGUCGCCCCCCUCCGAAACAGCGGCACCAGCAGCAGCAGACACAACCGCAGACCAGCCCGCCAACCCCGCCGGCCCCGCCGCCACCGCCCCCUCCGCCGUCGGCAUGCGCGACGACUCGACCCAAGCCCAGAACGACACGCGCCCUCCCGCCGCCGAGACCACCUCAGCGGCAUCCACAGCCCGCACCCCGGCAACCACCACCACCGCCGCUACCAACGCACCCGCCAACAUCCCCGGCACCGCCGCCGAAGCCGACACCACCGACACCACCACACCCACCACCGGUUCCGCCCUGGCCGCCGGCAAACCCGCGCAACCCCCCCCUUCCACCAAACCCAAGGAGGAAACCCUCCAAAAGCCCUCUUCGUCAGACAACGACGACGCCACCACCACCCCCGACAUCAAAGUCGAAGGCCCCGGCCCACGACCCCUAGAGGAGAUUGCGCGCGAGCACGGCGGGGAUGCCGGUGCCGGGGGUGAGGUGCUGGGGCAUCAUCAGCAGCAGAGGAGGCGGGAUAGCGGGAAGGGGCUUGCUGCUGAGGAAGGUGGUGGGGAGGGUGAGGAGAGGGUUGGUGGGAAGGGGGUUGUGGGUGCCGGGACGGGGGAGGAGUAUGUCAAGUCGAGUGGGCUCGCGGCGGAUGGUGGGGAUUUUGAUGCUUCGAGGCCGGGGGCGGGGAGGGAGGCUGAUCGUCUGCUAGAGCAAAAGGGCGUGCACUUGCCGAGUACCCAGCACCAUGGUACCGACACCAGCCGUACUAGCCAUAGCAGCCAUGGUAGCCAUGGUAGCCAUGGAGAGAACGGUGGCAAGGAAAAGGUGGGUCUGAAGGAGAAGAUCAAGGCGAAGCUGCACAAGAGCAGCACGCCGUCGUAAAGGUUCUCCUAGGAAGGAGGGAACAUCGUGUUGGACAGAGACUGGCUAGAGGGAAGGGACAUCAGGGAUCCGGAAAGGGUCGUAAAUGAUGUGAUAAAAGCUGUAAUAUUAUUUAACUAUUAGUAAGGUUGGGAAUCACGAAAGUUUUCACUUUGCUUUUCUA